CUCAGGUCACAGAACACAGAGGUUAGAUUACAGACUGCAUACUUACAGGUGAGACUGGCUCAGGUUCGGUUCUGUGAGUAGUCCGGAUGGCAAAGCGGGUCACGCGGCAGCUGGAGGAGUGCUAUUAUGAGGGUUACCUGGAGAAACGAUCUUUUAAAGACAAGACAUUUCAGAAAGUGUGGGCGUGCCUUUGUGGAAACAAACUUUUCUUCUUCAACGAUAAAAAAGACACUGACUACAUACAGAAGGUGGACCUCAAUGAAUUCAUCUCAGUAACAGAUGAUGCCAACUGGGACAAAACGUUAUCUGCAGCCCGGCUGAAGCUCCAGAUUAAAGAUGGUGAUAUUGGACUGACUGUGCCCAGCCUCGAGGCUCGGGAGCUGUGGAAAGGUUAUAUCCACGCUGUGGCACAGCUGGCUGUACCAUUCUCCCUCAACCUACUGCCAGGACAGAUCCACAUGCUGAGAGAGGUAGUGGAGAAGGAAAUCAAGAGAAGAAAACCUCUUCUUCCACCUGCUGGCUCCACCUACCUCAACCUCCUUGCAGACAUGCCAACUUGUUACUACCCGGUGUCCCGUGUGGAGGCGGAGCUGCUGCUGGACAGAGAGUCGUCCAGUGGAAACCUGCUGCUGAGGCCUGGGUGUGAUGGGAGUUCGUUUGCUGUCACCACCAGACAGGACCUGGACAGCCCAAUGUUCAGACAUUACCGCGUGAGUCAGAAACCUGAGGGGGCCUUCAGCAUUGAUGUGGACAUUCCUGUCUCCUGUAACACACUGAACAAUGUCAUCAACUACUUUGUGGAAAAAACAGAAGGGGUUCUGGUUCCUCUGAUCAUUGAUGGCACAUAUGACAAGAACAUCUGUUUUAUUCACUCAGAUAAAGAAAAUGGAGAAAAGACACUUCAGCAAGCCACAUCAAACAUUCUUCCACCGAGUCUACUUCCUAAACCAGCUCUCAGACGCCCGUCCUCCAAUCCAGCUCCAAAACCAGAACAACAUGUUUAUCAGAAUGACAUACCACUGAAGGUUGACAGAGAGGCAGACGAUACUUCAGCAGCUCCCGCCACACCCAUGAUGCCUCCACGUCCUGCUCCUCGCAAAAAGAUCGCGUCUUUCUCAGCUGCCUCUUCUUCCAUCUCCACAGACAAGAAGACAAUGGGAAGCCGGGCUGCCCCCCUUGAACAAACAGCAUUGUCAGAGCUCAAACAGGCCCUAGAAAAGAGGCGGGCUGUGAAGUGACCCCUCCUGAUGGAAACCUCAGCACUUGUUAAAAAAAACACAAAGCCAGCGUGUUGACUGACAGUAGCAGCGAUUUGGGCCAUAUGUCACCUUCAUGUCCCUGUGACUGGAGAUGUUGUGAUCCUCAGCUCACCAUCAGCAGAAAAGCCGCUGGAAACAUUCUCAUGAACAGAUGAACCCACUGUAAACACACUCCAGCCUUCUCAAGUGCAUUUGGCACAUUUACUUUGACAAC